AGAAAGGCCAACUUUCCAGCCAUCCUUCUUUGCCUUCCGUUAACUUCUACCUGUUGCGCCGCUUUUCCAAUCAAGCCCCACUGGACCCGGCCAUGCUCUCUCCUGCUUGCUCCGUUGUCGAGCGUGCAAGAGGAGGACCGAGGGACCCGCAGAGCCCUGGGGUGGCCGCCAAGAGCUGCAGCGAGGCUCGCGUCCCUCGCCCGGUGGCCGGGAGGCGGCGGCUCUGAGGCGCCCUCCGCUUCUCGGCUGGAGCAGGAGGAGAGGGGCGGAACUACCGCCAGCCAGAGCCUAAACUUUCCCCGGCAUGUGUCCUUGGGCGAGGCACGCGCCCAGCGGCAGGAGCGCGGAGAGGAGGAGAGCCGCGCGCUCGCCCGGGACCCUGGCGGCAGCAUGAGCCCGUGGCGCUGCGCAGCGGCCCAGGAGAGGCGGCCCGGGAAGGGCUGCGUGCUGCGCCUCUGCCUGCUCUCCGCCACCCUCCUCCUCUGCCUGCUGCAGCUGGGGCUCCGCCGCUCCUGGGACGCCGCCCAGCCCGUCAAGGAGGCGCGCAAGCCGCCUCUCCCGCCGCCGGGCGCUCGCAGAGCUGAGAAGGCGAGCGAGGCGACCAGCAGGCGGCAGGUGACCUACGUGAGGAGCGGCCGCCGCAGGGGCCCAGCCGAGCCCACCUGUUGCCUCCAGGGGGCGCCCCCGAGCGACGCCCGCAAGAAGACAAUCCGCUGGCACAUAAAUUUGCAACCCUGGGCAAGUCCUACAGCAUCCCUGAAUAACGAAGCCAGCAGGCUCUUAAAAUACAUCAGCACUGCACAGAUUUCAUGUGAUCAUAUGAGCAUGAACAACCUGCCAGGAAACCCCAACAGCUCAAGGAGGCCAUGGUCAAUAUGCUUGGAUGACCGAUUCAGUUUAGUUCAUCAAAUCAAAAGAAAGCAGUGCCGUCUGUAUUCACUGGGACUGGGCAGUGACAACAACCAGUUUGAGAUCAGCAUGGCCAAUAGUGGAUGUGAGGUGCAUCGCUUUGACCCCAGUAUCAAACUGGCACAUAUUCAGAAAGGACAGCGCCUCUGGUACCAUCGCCUGUCCAUUGACUGGAGGGAUCCAAAUCCAAUGAUCGCGGCUCAUAAGCUUCAUACCAACACCAAGAAACUUGGCACUGUAUUAAAUGACUUUGGACACCACAAGGGAAUUGGCAACAAGUUGGAUUGCUGUAGCCAGCAGGUGUACUUACUAAAAAGUUUGACAAGUGGAAAAAUGCCUAUGAUGUCUGAACAGAAAUGGAAGAUGGGAAACGGCAGGAAGAGAAAGGGGAAAGGGCUUGUUAAUAUCGAUAUCCUCAAAGCAGAUAUGGAAAGUGCAGAGUGGAAAAUUUUGGAAAACCUGAUCCUAGAGGACGUUGUGGAACACAUAGGGCAAUUGGUCUUGGAAAUCCAUGUUCAUUGGCCAGGAUUUGAGGUUAGCGGCAAUGACAGCACUGUGGUUCGGUACUGGUACAGUCUCUUCAAAGAGCUAGAACUGAAAGACUUCAGGCUUUUUCACACAUACAAAGACUUAUCAAAACCACAGGUGUUCCUAAAAAGGGAAGCCUUCAACGCAAGUAGUUGUUAUACACUGAGCUGGGUGAAUACAAGAUGGAAAUAGGGGCUUCGGCCUACGGAACAGAACUGCGACUCAUCCCCUUCAGUGGUACUAUCAAAGGUGAGUUCAGAGACGCACUGUCAAAAAUUACCCAAGUUGCAAAUACAGCAGCUGUGGCAUAUAAUAAAAAUAUAUUUUUAUUCCCCAACAAAAGAGUGAAGGCAUAGCUUCUAUAUCAGGCUUCCUCAACCUUGGUCCUCCAGAUGUUUUGAGACUACAAUUGCCAUCAUCCCUGACCCCUGGUUCUGCUAGCUAGGGAUCAUGGGAGUUGUACGCCAAAAACAUCUGGAGGGCCAAGGUUGAGGAAGCCUGUUCUAUAAAUUCAAGCUUCAACUCUUCUAAGAUAAAGUAUUUUGUUAACUUUAUCUAUGCACUUGGCUGCUGCCCAGCCCAAGCCUGUUGAGAUGUUUUCAUCAUCAUACUGAUUAA